CUGGCUUUUAGGGUUAGUGCGUUUACGUAUCUGAUAUAGUUUCUUCUGUAUUAAUGUAGUAUUAUCGAUUUCACGUACCAUUAACCAUAUUGAAGUGAAAGGAUUCGUUAGACGUGCAAAAUAAAAAAUAUGUAUGUGUCUAUGGUGAAACUUACUUUAAUGGUAAUUUUUAUCUAUUAAUGAAUUCACUGUAGUUUUGAAUGAAGUGUCUGCAAGUGUAAUUCGGUACAGUGUUCAAGAGUUAUGUAUGUAGAGGAAAGACGAAGGUCGUGCCUUGCUCGUCAAAUCUGACUACACGUGCAUGAAAUUUUAUGGACUACUGUGGUACAACAAAGCAACUGAGAGGGAGAUUGCCGUACCAGAAUGACGAUCACUUACUCCCUGGAAGUCUCCAAUGCUAGACUCUGUGGUUUUACCAACUUACUGUUAAGAUGGAAAGGGAGCAUUUAUAAAUACCUGUGGAGAGAAGUGAUACUUUUCUUAAUUUGUUAUUAUUCUCUAAGUGUACUCUAUCGAUACUUACUGGCUCAGGCAGAAAAAAGGGUUUUUGAAGAAAUAUCGGUCUAUUGUGCAGCUUUUACAGAUCUCAUUCCGCUUUCAUUUGUUUUGGCUUUCUAUGUCUCUCAAGUUGUAGCAAGAUGGUGGGCUCAGUAUGAAGCAAUUCCUUGGCCUGAUAGAACAGCACUUAUGAUAGCCAGUUUUGUCCAUGGUGCUGAUGAACGAAGUCGGAUGAUCAGAAGGACUUUAGGCCGGUACUUAAUAUUAAUGCAAGUGAUUACCUUUCAAGCUGUAAGUACAGCCAUCAAAAAACGUUUCCCAACUGAAGAUCACUUAUUAGAAGCAGGUCUAAUGACAGAAGAAGAAAGGAAACAGUAUGAUAAAUUAAAGAAUCAGUUAGGUACAAAAUGGUGGCUUCCUGCACAGUGGUUUUCGGCUUUAACAUUAAGAGCUCAAAAAGAAAGGCGAAUUAAAGACUCCAUUCAGAUGCAAGCUCUGUUAAAUGAAAUGCUGACAUUUCGUGGUUUAUGUGGAACUAUGUUGAGCUAUGAUUGGAUUAGUUUACCUCUAGCUUAUACACAGGUUGUCACUAUAGCAACUUACACAUACUUUGUGGCUCAGCUCAUGGGUCGGCAGUAUUUGGAUCCAGACAUGGGCUAUACAGGUUAUGUUAUUGACUUGUAUGUUCCUGUUUUUACACUACUACAGUUCUUUUUCUAUGUGGGCUGGCUAAAGGUGGCAGAGGAGUUGAUCAAUCCAUAUGGAGAAGAUGAUGAUGAUUUUGAAUUGAACUGGACAUUAGAAAGAAAUAUACAGAUUGUUUUUCUUAUUGUUGAUCACCUUCAUUCUCAACAUCCAAGACUAAAACGUGAUAUCUUCUGGGAAGAUUUAGAACCUCAAUUGCCUCACACUAAAGUAUCCCAGCUAUACCACCGGUCAUAUAAUCCCCAGAUUGGUUCAGCUGCUAACCUUGAGUUUGGUUCUAAUGAUGCAUCAUUUAUACCUCUUGAAACAACAAUUGAGCAAGAUAGACAGGAGAAUAUUUAUAAUACUCCAACAGUGGAGCUAUCUGGGCCAUCUAGGUUUUUUAGAGACCUUUGGAGUGGUAGUUUACACUUAAACCCACAGAGUGGUAAGAUCAGUGAUGAUGCAACAUUAAUUACUAAUGGGAAGACUCAUCAGAAGGGUGUACACUAUACCACCAAGAAAACUUCUGCAAAACGACAUGGUCAGUAUGGUAGUACAGGAGCCACUUCAAGUGGUUCUAUGGAUCCAGUUCCUGCACCUAUAAUAUUAAAGUAUCCUUUUAGUAACCUAAGUCAAAGAAGAAACAAGUUAAAUAGGCUUAAGAAUCAAUAUCGAAGAUUAGAAACAAGUGACUCUGAUGUGACAAGUAGUAUGGAUAACUCUGUUCCACGUGUUUUUAUGAGACAUGGCACUUCUUUUGCUGGACCUAGUGCAUCCAAUCCAUAUACAGCAGCAUCUAGUGCACGGAGUUAUACUUCUGAUAAUUAUUCUAUACUACCAUCAGACAGUUUGACACCUUCCUUGUCUGUACCAAACUCACCUAUGCCUCCAAUUCCAGAGGAGUCAUCAAGUACCAUUGUUAUUGAUGAAAGUAGGAUUUGUCUUAUGCCUGUUUCAUUAGAAGAAACAUCUGGUGGAAUGACACAUACAAAAAUGGCUCCCAUUCUGGAGGAAAAUUCUAGCUCAGAGACUGUUGUUGCAGUAGAGCCAGGAACAUCCAAGAUGUCAGAACACAUGAAUAAUUUUCCUAUAGUUCAAGACUCCCCUGCAGAAGAAAACGUUUCAGAAAGUGAUGAAACAAAAGCAUCAAAUUCUGACCUUGAAAAUAGUGGUUCUGAUAUUUCACAUGCUGUAGAAAGAAGUCCUAUUGACACACAAAGAUAUGAAUCUUGUUGCUCAGUUGAUUCAGAAAACUCGGACUCUGGUGAUACAAAGAUACGUGAAAGUAAAAAAAUUAGCAAGGUAGGUAAAGGUCACAGCAAAAAAAGAUGAAUAUUGAAGAAUCUUCUACAAAAGUCCACCAGUGAAAACUGAAGCUUUGAAAAUUUAGGCAGUGUGUCAGAUAAUAUAGAGAUCUGUCUUUGUAGUCUUUAACACCUUUUUUAUCAUAAUCUGUAUAAAGAAUAAACAUGAGAAAAUAUGUUGUUAGAUUUUAUGAUUGUAAACAUGUUUAAGUAAAAUUUUUUUUUUCAUCAUUUAUGAUCAAAGUAAACAAUUGAUUCUAAUACAACAAAUUUUGUUCACUUCAUUUGUAUUUCGUUAUUACCAAUUUGACAGUUUUUAAAUGAUCAACACAAGUAAGAGAUUCAAAACAUUAUAUGCCAAAAGAUUUUAAUUAACUAACUCAUCACUGCAUGACUAAUAAGUCAUUUUAUUUGUUUAUAAUUAAAAGGUUUGGUAUAAUGUAGAUUCUGUAUUUUAAAUAUUCUAGCAACAUGAAAAAUUAAUGUAAUUUAUGUUUAAGUGAAUAGGUUAUGGAUGCGAUUUAACACUGUGCCUUAACAAUAUUAAUUGCUGUUAAUUUUUAUAUUAAAUGAUUUUAUAGUUCAUAAUGAGUAAAGAAAUGGAUGUUUUACAAAAAAAUUCAAAGAUUAUAUCUAGGUAAGUUCUGAUAACUUAACCUUUAGUAUAAGUAAAAAUUUGUUAGAAAUGAAGAAAGUAUUUCACUUAAUUAUUAUAUUAACAAUUGAAAAUCAAUAAGUUCCAUUUUAUUAAUGUUAU